AUGAAUUCCUUUGACACCUUCAUGGAUAUGCCUGAUAAUUCGGGUGACUUUUGCUUUGCUCCUGACUUUGGGCAGAGUAAAGAGCCUCAGGUUGAUGUACAAAGCAGAGCUUCUACUGAUACCAUUCAAAUUCUCCUUGAGAUUGUCAGGCAUCAGGUCAAGGCAGCCCAGCAACUCGACGAGGUUCAGAAACAGCUGGACCAGAUCAGCAAGAAGACAGAUCAUAUUGAAAAGAAAAUGAAUGAGCAGGACGAGAGACUUGAGAAACUAGAAAUGUAUCUACUCGAGCGAUCGCAGGCGAUCAUCGAACGACAGAACGACUGCAUUGGUCUGUUGGAGUCACCUAGGUACGGACUCUCUGACUACAACGAGGGCUCUGACUCUCUGUCUGAUUACUCAGACUCUGGAUUCAGCCAAGACUCGGUGCCUGACUCAGGUGUGCUGGGGGGGUUGGGUUAUCACUGA